AUGUUACCAAACCGAAGAUUACAACUUCGAUUUAUCUCCUUUUUCACUAUUUUCGCCAUAUUUUGUCUAUUUUAUUCGGAUUUUCGAAAAUUUGAAUUUUCGAAAAUUUCAAAUUUCACUGAAAUUAUUAUUUUUUCUACCACAAAAAGUUCUACAAAAAUCCCAAAAACCCCGAAACUCUAUAAAUUACUAAAUUGGGAAAAACGAGAAUCCGAGAAACGACUCAACAAAAUUGAUGAUUUGAUUCGGGUGAAUUUGAAUACCGCCCCUCGCUAUCAACUAUCCACAUGUGUUGUUCAAAAAUCCAUGAGUACUGUAAUGACAUCAAUGUUCUGCUAUUUGAGGGACGAAAAAAAGUUUAUUGGGAAUCAUCGGGAAUUAUUAAAGGAUUGGAAAAUUAUACGAUUUUGUAUGUUUAAAAAUGAGUUUCGAAAUUUGGGAGGUAUUCAGAAGAAAUUCAAACUUCCCACUCCAAACAACUGGACUCAUAUCAUGAUGGUUCGACACCCAUUCGAGCGAUUUGUGUCUGGAUUUGUUGAUAAGUGUUAUAGAAAACCAGUAAUUCAAAAAUAUUGCAAUGGCUGCGCUCGGAACCUCACCUGUUUCAUGGAGACCGAAUUAGCGAGAAUGUGGGGUCAAAUCGAGCGUGGAAGCUUCCAGAAAACCUACGAAGACCGGCAUUUUUUCCCGCAAAGCUGGCGGUGCAAUCUUCAUCAAUAUUUUCAAAACUUUACAUUCAUCCCUUAUUCUUCCUCUCAUAAUUUUUCAAUUACCUCAAAAUUAUUUCCCAUUUUUCGAGAACAUUCUGUUCCUGAAUCCUCUCUGACUUAUAUCCAAACCGCCUUAUCAUCUGGCCGAACCGCCCAUAGUACUGUAGAUUCAAAAGCCACGUCAUUCAUCGAAAAACGUCUCAGGUCUAGUCCGUAUCUCAUGGAAUUGCUUGUCAAAAUGUUUUAUCACGAUUUUGUGCUGUUCAAUUUCACACUUCCCGCCAUAUAA